CUUUGCUCGACGGCUGAACUCUGUCAUCAUUUCUGUCACAGCUUUUCAAAAACCGGCUUCUUUGUCAUUUCCAGUCAAUAUCUUCAUCAUCACACUCUUCAUCAUCAGAGUCCCAGCAUGAGUGGAGAUCUUGCUCACAAACACCGCCAGGUGGAGUCCGGCUCUGUGGAGUACAAUUCACACAAACACAAGGACAAACAUAAAGACAGAGAGCAUGGUCAUAAAGAACAGAAGAGAAAUAAAGAGCGGGAAAACUCAAAGAACGGACACAGUGAACACAAAGAUCUUCAGAGAAGAAGCAUAGAGAGAGGAAAAAGACAGACUUAAGCACAAAGAAAGAGAAAAGGAGAAAAGUUUCAUGGUGCUGAUGGGAAAUAUCGAGAUAAAGAGAAUGGAUUUGUGAGCCCUUCGUCAAUUAAAGUGGAAGAGGACACAGACAAUCAUCACUCCGUCAAACACGAGAAACCGCUCAAGAGAGAGCGAGAUGAAGACGAGUAUGAACACAAACCCAAAAAGGUUAAAGUGGAGAAUGAGAAGAAGGUGAAAAAACGCAAACAGGAAGAGGAAGACAGUGAUUUUGAGGAGAGGGUGGAAAAGAAACCAAAGAAGAAGACGAAAGAGGAGAAGAAAGACACCACUGGAGGAAAGAAGAAAGCCAAAAACCAGCCGGAGGAGAAGUGGAAAUGGUGGGAGGAGGAGAGAUACACAGAUGGCUCCAAAUGGAGGUUUCUGGAGCAUAAAGGUCCUGUGUUUCCUCCGCCAUAUGAACCCCUGCCAGGCCAUAUCAGGUUUUAUUACGAUGGAAAUGCCAUGAAACUGAGCCCCGGUGCGGAGGAAGUGGCCACGUUUUAUGCAAAGAUGCUGGAGCACGAGUACACAACUAAUGAAAUAUUUAGAAAGAACUUCUUCAAAGACUGGAGGAAGGAAAUGACGUCAGAGGAGAAGUCGAAGAUCACGGAGCUGAAGAAAUGUGACUUCACUCAGAUGCACGAAUACUUUAAAGCACAAUCCGAGGCCAGAAAACAGAUGUCAAAAGAGGAGAAACAGAAAAACAAAGAAGAGAAUGAGCACAUCCUGCAGGAGUAUGGCUUCUGUCUGAUGGACAACCACCGGGAGCGCAUCGGAAACUUCCGGAUUGAGCCUCCGGGUCUGUUUAGAGGCCGCGGGGACCAUCCGAAGAUGGGCAAACUGAAGCGCCGCAUCCGGCCCGAGGACAUCAUCAUCAACUGCAGCAAAGACUCAGUUCAGCCCAAAGCGCCGCCGGGCACCAGGUGGAAGGAGGUCCGCCAUGAUAAUAAAGUCACCUGGCUGGUGUCCUGGACUGAGAACAUUCAGGGCUCCAUCAAGUACAUCAUGCUGAAUCCCAGCUCCAGGAUCAAGGGAGAGAAGGACUGGCAGAAGUACGAGACGGCGCGGCGGCUGAAGAAGUGUGUGGAGCGCAUCCGGGCGCAGUACCGGGAGGACUGGAGGAGCAAAGAGAUGAGGAUUAGACAGAGAGCCGUCGCGCUGUAUUUCAUUGACAAGUUGGCUCUGAGGGCUGGUAAUGAGAAGGACGAGGGGGAGACGGCAGAUACGGUGGGCUGCUGCUCGCUGCGGGUGGAGCACAUCAAACUGCAUCCACAACUGGACGGACAGGACUAUGUGGUGGAGUUCGACUUCCUGGGAAAAGACUCCAUCCGCUACUACAACAAAAUCCCUGUGGAGAAGAGAGUCUUUAAAAACCUUCAGCUGUUUCUGGAGAACAAGCAGUCUGAAGAUGAUCUCUUUGACCGACUCAAUACGUCGAUUCUGAAUAAAUAUCUCCAGGAGCUGAUGGAUGGAUUGACGGCCAAAGUGUUUCGCACGUACAACGCCUCCAUUACGCUCCAGCAGCAGCUGAAAGAACUGACCAGCCCUGGUGAGAACAUCCCUGAGAGGAUCCUCUCCUAUAACAGAGCCAACCGAGCUGUGGCUCUUCUCUGUAACCACCAGAGGGCGCCACCCAAAACCUUUGAGAAGUCCAUGCAGAACCUGCAGACAAAGAUAGAUGAGAAAAAGAAGCAGCUUUCUGCAGCUAAGAAGGAGCAUAAAGCAGCCAAAGCUGAUGCCAAGGCUCUUCAUGAUGAGAAAAGUAAAAAGGCGGUGGAGACGAAGAAGAAGGCUGUGCAGAGGAUUUCAGAGCAGCUGAUGAAGCUGGAGGUUCAGGCCACAGACCGCGAGGAGAACAAACAGAUCGCUUUGGGCACUUCUAAACUCAACUAUCUGGACCCGCGCAUCUCUGUCUCCUGGUGCAAAAAAUGGGGAGUCCCGAUUGAAAAGAUCUACAGCAAAACACAGCGGGACAAGUUCGCCUGGGCUAUCGACAUGGCAGAUGAGGACUUUGAGUUUUAAAUCACCCUUUUUUUCCUGUUGUUGCUACUUUAUGAAGGAGAUUUCGCAGCUUAAAUAAGGGUCUCAUUUAUAAACGUUGCAAACACACAAAAACCCACUUGUAACUCAGAGUAAACAAACCCUGAGGUCAUAUAAAUACUUUCCUCUCUUAUUAGGCCUACAUUUGAAAAUAAUAGUCUAUUUAAUUGAUUUAUCUUUCAUAAUAUGACUCAUUUUUGCGAUUAUAUUAAAACUGACCAAUCAGAAUUAAGUAUUCCAGACAGCUGAAUGAUAAGUAAGAGAUACAGUACAUCCAGGAGGUUGUUAUCGCAGAAUAAAUCGCGACAGGCUUAGCUGUUGUAUUCUGCGAUGGUCGUUUUUGCGAUUGUUGUAGAACAGGGGUCACCAAACUUGUUCCUGGAGGGCCAGUAUCCUGCAGAUUUUGGCUCCAACCCUAAUCAAACACACCUGAACAAGCUAAUCAAGGUCUUCCUAGGUAUACUAGAAACAUCCAGGCAGGUGUGUUGAGGCAAGUUGUAGCUAAAUCCUGCAGGGACACCGGCCCUCCAGGACCGAGAUUGGUGACCCCUGUUGUAGAACUUCAGAUUCAGUUUCCUAUUAGAGAAAUGAUUAGAAAUAAUAAACGUCUUAAAGCGGUCGAACUACUUGCUCUACAAACACGUGUGUUCAUGACUAUACAUAAGAAACAAUAAGAAAAUAUCAGCUUGCAACAUCAAGCAGCAGAACGAGCCGUUUUUAACGUCUAAAUAUCUAUAGAAGUGAAUGAGAGCGGAAGUCUCGAGUCAAAGAGAUGCCAAUGGCUGCGGCCGCGUCAAGAUUAAGGUCAAUGGCUACUGUGUGUAACGUUAACAUGACUGUAAAAUGUAGCCUUUGCGUAAGUGCAAUCCUACCAAAAUAUAUCAAUAAUAAUUAAUUACUCUUUUUAUUUACCCAUAAGCAUUUUACCCAUAUUAGACAAACCUAUUGUAUUGUCUUUUUGGCCAAACUAACUGUAUUAACUGCAGCAGAAAAUAGUAUUUUAAUCUUUUAAAUGUCACACACUUCUGUCACAUUUUCUUUCUUCGUCACACAAGAAUCUCAAAUGUUAUUUCUGACUAAUUGUUUCUACAUAUUGGGCGUAAAGAACAAUUCAUUUGUGGCUUAUUUUAAUAUUCAUGGCAGUUCAUGAGCUGAUUUGCAUUAAUUAUUUAUGGUUGAAUGUGAGUGUGUAAAGGGCGGGAUUUAAAUUUUUUUCCAUGUACGCAAAUUCUCUGGCCCGCUGUGAUAAAGCCAGGAAAAUAAGUAUUGAACAGCGUUUUUCUCAGAAAACAUAUCUCUAAAGGUGCUGUUGACUUGUUGUAACAACCAAAGUAAUCCAUAUAUGUAGAGAAAACAAAUCUAAUUAGUUUACAAAUGAAGUUAUGCAUAAUAAAAUGAAAUGAAACAGGGAAAAGUAUUGAACACAUGAAGAAAGGGAGGUGUGGAAAAGCAGUGAAGGCCCGGACAGCAGCUGAAAUCUCUUAAUAGUUCGUCAGCAAUCCUCUGCCCUUCCUCAGUGUAAAUGAAUAUCAGCUGCUUCAGUCCAACAUCUACAUUAGCAGAUGAUCAAGAUGAAACCAGGGUGGACAUUUCAGCAAGACAAUGAUCCAAAACAUAGCCAGUGAAACUGUCAAAUGCUUUCAGAGAAAGAAAAUCAAGCUGUAGAAUGGCCUAGCCAAUCACCUGACUUCAAUCCAAUAUUAAAUACAAAAUAAAGCUCAGAUUUGAUAGACGAGAUCCCAAAAAAACAUGAAGAUUUUGACAUGAUUUCUUCUGUCAUUCCAU